CGCCCUCGGCCGGGAGGGGCGGAGCCGGGCUGGGAGCUCCGCUGCGGCGGGAGGGAAGCGGCGGCAGUGGGACGCGCACGGCUUUGUUCUCAGAACGAAACGCCGCGCUCUUGUCGCGCUCACGGUGCUGAAACGGGAGAUCUCGCGUCCCCGGGGAGGUGACGCUCAGCUCUGGUCCCGCAGGCAGGUGAUGCUCGCUUGAUCCGGAGCCAUGUCCCGGUACCUGAAACACUUCACGGUGGUGGGGGAUGACCCCGUACAGUGGAGCAACGAUUAUAAAAAGUGGGAGGAAGAGGAGGAGGACAAUGGGGAGAAGGAUUCGGAGAUCAAACUGGAGCCCUCCCGUGCCCACGUCACCUUCCAAGAUGUGAUGAAGAAGCUCUUCAGUUCGCGCAGGUUUCAGAUUGUCAUUGUCUUCUUGGUCAUCGUGGAUGCCUUGCUGGUCCUUGGGGAAUUGCUGAUGGACUUGAAGAUCAUCCAUCCAGACAAAUAUCACAUAGCCCCAAAGGUUUUCCACUACCUCUCCCUUUCUAUUCUCACCAUCUUCCUCGUUGAGGUGGGGUUUAAAAUCUUCAUUUAUGGCCGGGAGUUCUUCCACCACAAGUUCGAAGUGCUGGACAGCAUCGUUGUCGUCGUGUCUUUCAUCCUCGACCUCGUCCUGCUCUUUCGGGAGCACGAGUUUGAAGCUGUGGGGCUCCUGAUACUGCUGCGGCUGUGGCGUGUGGCCAGGAUCAUCAACGGAAUAAUUUUAUCGGUGAAGACCCGCUCUGAACAACAAGUGUCCAAGCUAAAGCAGGUGAACCUGAAACUCGCCACAAAGGUUGAACAACUUCAACACAGCUGUGUGGAGAAGGAGCAAGAAAUUGAGAGGCUUACCAGGAUGUUAAAACAGCACGGGCUCAUCAGCGAGCAAACGUAGAAGGCCAGUUUUCCAAGGUGGGGAAGUCUGCCGUGGCGAGUGCAGCGUUGAAACGUAUCAGAUUGACCUGAAGGGUUUUCCUCUCUGCCUGCUUUCUCUGCUGUAGUGUUUCUGUAAAUGUUUUCUAUCUGACCACACUUUGAUUAGAUCUUGGGAUUGCAAAAAUAGCUUCACUGGAAAAUUAAAUGAGUGCUCCCUGUAAACAGUGACUCCACAAGACCCUUGUACAGCUGUACAGACAAGUGCAAAAUAAUUUAAUAAAGACACAACUUUACAAGCUGUA